CGAGUCGCUGGUGCGGGGAUGUCUCGGGGGCGGGAGCGCGUGGUGGCCCUGGUGGACAUGGACUGCUUCUUCAUGCAGGUGGAGCAGCGUCUCGACCCGCAGCUGCGCGGCCGCCCCUGCGCCGUGGUGCAGUACACCCAGUGGCAGGGUGGCGGGAUCAUCGCGGUGAGUUACGAGGCGCGAGCCUUCGGCGUGUCCCGUGGCAUGUGGGCGACGGAGGCGCGGGCGCUGUGCCCCGAUCUGGCGCUGGCGCGGGUGCCCCAGGCGCGGGGCAAGGCGGAUCUCACCCGGUACCGGGAGGCCAGCCAGGAGGUGAUGCAGGUGCUGUCGCGCUUCGCCGCUAUCGAGCGGGCCAGCAUCGACGAGGCGUACCUGGACCUGACGGGCAGCGCGCGGGAGCGGCUGCGCGCCCUGCAGGGGCGCCCCCUGGCGGCCGCGCUGCUGCCCACCACUUUCGUGCAGGGGCUGCCCGACGAUCGUGGCCCCCAGCCCGGCGAGAAGGAGGAGCUGCGGCAGUGUGGCUUGCAAGAGUGGCUGGCAUCACUGUCUUUUGAUAACCCUGAUUGUCCUGACCUGCAGCUGACCAUGGGCGCAGUCAUUGUGGAAGAAAUAAGGGUGGCUGUAGAAGCAGCCACUGGAUUCAGGUGUUCAGCUGGGAUUUCGCACAACAAAACACUGGCCAAACUGGCCUGUGGGUUAAACAAGCCCAACCGCCAGACUCUAGUAUCGUCACGAUUUGUCCCGCAGCUCUUCAGCCAGCUGCCUAUCAGCAGUAUCCGUAACCUGGGAGGCAAGCUUGGCACUGCCAUUACAGACAUCCUGGGAAUAGAGUACAUUGGUCAGCUGACACAGUUCAGUGAGACAGAGCUCCAGACUCACUUUGGAGACAAAACUGGGUCCUGGCUCUACGACUUGUGCAGAGGAAUUGAAGAUGAACCUGUUAAAAACCGGUACCUGCCUCAGUCCAUUGGCUGCAGCAAGAACUUCCCUGGGAGGACAGCAUUGGCCACACAGAAGGAGGUGCAACACUGGCUCCUGCAGCUGGCUUUGGAGCUGGAAUCCAGACUGAUUAAGGACAGGAGUCAGCACAACCGGGUGGCCAAGCAGCUGAUGGUGGUCAUCCGCAUGCAGGGAGACACCCGGGUGUCACGCUUCUGCGCUCUGUCCCGCUAUGAAGCCCAGAAGAUGUGCAACGAUGCCUUUGCCCUCAUUCAAAACUGCAACGUGGCUGGGGCUCACCAGGUGGCCUGGUCUCCACCGCUCAUAUCAGUGCUUCUCUCAGCAAACAAGUUCUCGGAGCCUGCUACACUCCUCUCUGCAGGCAUUGCCACCUUCCUGACCAGUGAUACCCAGCCCGAUAACACUGCUACCACCAGCCAAAAUGCCACAUCCUCUGGGAGGCCCAGAGUCAAAUUUUUUAGGAGCCCAAGCAAAGAUCUUAAGCAGAAGCCUGCUAAUGCUAUUGAGUCGUUCUUCCAGAAGGUGGCAGAAAAGCAGCAGUCACAGGUAGUAGCACCAGUCCGAACGCCAGCUGUUACCAGCGCAGAGUCACCUUUGCCCAGCUCCCCAGAGCACCAAGAGGGAGGUGACGCUAGACUUGUCUCUGUGCAGUGUGACCUGGAGUCCUCUGUGAAGCAGAGUCCUGGAGAUAGGAGCCCUACUUCUCCCUAUAAGAGGCUUCCGUGUGAGAAGUCAUUGACUGGUGCUACACAAACACCCUCGACUCCACCCAGCUCGAGAACCCUUCUGAAAUUGGAGCCAGCUAUGGAGGGAAAUGAGCAGAAUUUGCCACCCUCUCCUGAGCUUGCCAUACUCCCUCCUUCCUCACCAGGGGAGCAGCAGCACUGUGAGAAGUGUGGCCAGCUUGUGCUGGUGUGGGAGUUCCCAGAGCACAUGGACUAUCACUUUGCUCUGGAGCUUCAAAACUCCUUCCUGGAGGCCAGUGCUCCCACAGCUCCAGCAGCACCUCACAGCCCAAAGGCUGCAGCUUCCAGGUCUCCUGCCAAGGCAAAGAACAGGCCAAGAAUUCCAACAGGCUCUAGCGCCAAGCGCCCCAGAGAAGGUGCGACUCGAACUCUGGAUUUUUUCUUUAAGCGCUUACCUCCUUAACUCCCAGCCUUGCUAGGAGCUUUUAUUUAAUCCAUGGUUUUAAAGCAGCAGUGGAUUUAAAUACAGGUGAAAGGUUUUAUAAUGCCUGCCAUUUUUUAACGUAAAAGAGUCUAAUAAAUUAUUUCUACCACAAGUCUAA